AACCCUAAUGCCCACCUCUAGAACAUUUGGUCAUCUUUCUUUCCCCUCUCUACAGCCUUCCACAGUUUCAUCCCGCCAGAACAUAAGCCCUUCGAAAAGAAACAUACGACGUCGUUCAGGACAAACCCUCAUCUAAAUUUCCCCUCGUCGGCCAUUCACAACACCAGCCAUGGCUGCAGCAGGUUCCUCUUUCUCUACUUCAAUCUUCGACUUCAAAAACUCCGGCCCGCCAGAUGACACGGUUUUCUACUCCAUCUUCCCAGACUCUUCCCUCAUCUCAUCCUCCUCCACCGCCGAGCUCCAGUCACUCCACCUCCGAAUCCUCCACCACAUCGCACCGUUCACCGGCCCGUACAUCUGGCAGCACCAACCAUUCUCUCUCUCCAUCGCCCCAACCCCCGUGCCUCACCUCGCCGGCCACCUCCGUUUCGGGGACAACCUAGAGGACGAGUGGUUCACCGUCUUCCUCCUCUUCGAGAUCUCCAGGGCCUUCCGCGAACUCUCCAUCCGCGUCUGGGACUCUGACGGCGAGUUCCUCCUGAUUGAGUCCGCCUUCCACCUCCCGAAAUGGCUGGACCCGGACACCUCCGGCAAUCGCGUCUUCAUUCGCCGUGGUCUCCUCCACAUCAUCCCGAGAUCGAUUUUCCCCUCGACACCAAAUCUUGAAGAUGCUCUGCGAUUUCUAGCCAACUCAGGGGAUGAUUCAGUUACGCGGGCCCCAGAUGCCGUUCAGCUGCAAUUGAGGAGGAAAAUUGGCGAGUAUCCCGAUCGCGCAUACAGGAACGUGCACAGAGUUAGGGUUAGGUUGCCAAUUUCAGUGGCGUGGGUGUUGAGGCACGAGCCCAGCUUGAUUUCGUUGGCGGUCGAGGGGUUUUAUGACAGAGAUAUUGACACUAUGAAGUACGCUGCUAAAAUGGAGAAGUUUUUGCCCAAUGGGAAAGCAGAGGAGAUGGUGGAGGUGGUGGUGAGGAUGUCGAGGGCGAUGUACGCACAGCUGAUGCAGCAAAAGUUUCUGGCUCCGAGUUGCUUCCCCAUGCCGGAUAGGAGCAAUGGAGGAAAAUAUAUGGAGGCAGAAUUGGGCAUGAAGAUUACUUGUGGUUUUGAGAUGAUGUAUCAAUUGAGAAAGAAGAAAGGGGAUGAAGGGAAGGGGAGUACGUGGGAAGCUUUCAUGGGGAGCUUGGAGAGUAGCGGUUAUUUUGAGGGGUUGUUGCCAGGGUCAAAGGAAUACAGGAGGUUGAUGGAGAAUGCGGAGGGGUACUACCGGAAUAGUUCACUGCACAUUAGGGCCAGAGAAGUAUUAAGUGCACCCAUUAGAUGCAUAGAUGAAGUUCUCGCACUUCCUCAUUCAGCUGAUGAUUUCCAGAAUCACGAGCUACCUCCAUCAGAUGAUGAUUCAUGGCUGUAUGGUGGUGAAGAUGAAUUAAAUGCUGCUCUUCAGGAUAGGCAAAAGGAGAUGGAAAUUUACAAUCUGGAACAAAAGAAGAAAAACAAGGGAAAAGAGCAGCAUGAGGAAGGUGCUUCAGCAUCUGGGAAGGAUUUUGACGAGUAUGAUCUUGGGGGGAUCGCUAAAUCCAUGAAGGCAUUUGUUAAGAAAAUCUCUAGUUAUGAAGGAGCUGAGGUUCCAAAUGACAGCAACAUGAAAGAUGUGGAGUUUGAUGUGGAUCAAUUUAUGAAAGACAUGGAAACUGUAAUGGGGCAGCGUGGCUCUGAAGAUAAUGACAGUGAUCUUGAUGUUAAUGUUGAUGAAGGAUUAUCUUCAGACCUUGAUUUUGAUGAUUAUGAGGAUAAGAGUGAGCAUUCAGAGGAUAAUGAAGAGGGAGGAGAUGAGUUCAUGCGUUCCUAUUCCGAUGUUCUAAACAAGGAAUUGAAGGCUACCACACUUGAUAAGACCUUUGUUCAUGCUCAAGACCAAUCUUCUAAGAAGAAUGACGAGGCAAAAGCUAUAACUUGUGCAUUAGGAACUUCAACUGGUAAUAAUGACAUGGAUGAGUUCACCCCAGUGGAUGUCGAUAUGAACUUGGUAAAAAAUUUCCUCGAUUCUUAUUCUUCUCAAGAAGGAUUGUCUGGCCCUGCUUCCAAUCUUCUAGGACUCAUGGGUUUAAGGUUGCCUGAUGAUGCUGGCAAAGGCAAAUGAUAGUCUGUUAUUCACUUCAGUAUAGGAUCUUCAAUAUCUUAAAACACUGUUUAUGAAAUACAGCAUGUAACUGUUAGAAUGUAUGAGCUACUUGGUAUUUAUUUCUGGUUAGGGAUUGAUAUAUGACAAUGACUAUUCAUACCACAAAGGAUUUACCUGGGCCCAAGAAGUUGGGGGUUUGUAAUUCUUAUGAUGCGUGUGUUUGUAAGACCAGUAUUAAAAUACUAAAAUAAAACAAACGGCAACUGAUAGUGUGUUGAAAAUUUGAAUUUAAAUUUGAUAUGGUAUCAUUUGUCGGAUAGAUAUCUUAUUUCUGC